AUGGAGUUCACAGAAGUACUAAAUCAGUCUCAAGUAUCAGAAUUCAUCUUACUGGGAUUCAGUAACUCCCAAGAUACUCAAUUUCUUCUCUUUGCACUCUUUUUGGUUAUCUAUGUGGCUACAAUUGUUGGAAACCUUUUCAUUGUGAUCACAGUGACUUGCACCCCAAAUCUGCACACUCCCAUGUAUUUUCUCCUUGCUAAUCUCUCAUUUGUGGAUAUGACCCUUGCUUCCUUCGCCACCCCUAAGAUGAUUGCAAACUUAGUCAAAAAUCAUAAGACAAUUUCUUUUGCUGGCUGUUUCACUCAGAUAUUUCUUCUUCACUUACUGGGUGUAGUUGAAAUGAUACUGCUGGUUUCCAUGGCUUAUGACAGAUAUGUGGCCAUCUGUAAGCCUCUGCACUACACAGUCAUCAUGAACAAGAAAGUGUGUGUUUUCCUUGUAUUGAUUUCAUGGUUCUUAGGUUUUCUUCACUCGGGCCUUCAGAUACCCUUUGCUGUGAAUUUGCCUUUCUGUGGUCCCAAUGUGAUGGACAGCAUUUUCUGUGAUCUCCCUCUGCUUUCCAGACUUGCCUGCGUAGACACCUAUAGUGUGCGGAUAGUCAUUGUUGCAAACAGUGGAGUGAUAUCCCUGAGCUGCUUCUUCGUUUUGCUUGUUUCUUACAGUCGAAUCUUCACAACCAUUAGGAGGCACUCUUCUGCUGGGCACUCCAAAGCCCGUUCAACACUGGCUGCUCACAUCACAGUAGUGAUUCUCUUCUUCGGCCCAUGUAUCAUCAUUUAUAUAUGGCCCUCCGGCAACCACUCUGUGGAUAAGUUCCUGUCUGUUUUUUACACUGUCAUCACCCCUAUUUUGAAUCCUCUUAUUUACAGUCUGCGAAACAAAGAAAUGAAGAUAGCCAUGAGGAAACUGUGGAGAGCCUUCGUGAAGCCUAGAAGUGAUACUUAG